GAUAGACAAUGUGGCUAGCACGCUCUUACUAGUGCCAUAAUCUGUGGCCUUAAACUGUACAGUAGGUUACUCAAUUGAGAUUAGUGCGAAUGAAAAGAUCCUCUGUUUGCCAUGACUGGGCUUUCUGAAAAGUGUAGGUGCAGGUGACUCGAGAUGUAAAGGGUUUGACAAGACUCGUUGACGUGGACAUGUUUGGCUUCUAGGCUGACUUUGGAGUAGUGUCUUUCAGAACGUAGUCGUUGUGUUUUACCACAUUAUUUCUGCGUUGGACUCUCGUCUUGGAAUCUGACAAGCAUACGAUUGUAUUUGCUGGUUCAACAUCAACAUUGGCUAUUCCUUAAAGUAUAUAUAACAUAUACAUUGGGUAUACCUAAAUGUAUAUAUAACAUAUACAUUGGGUAUAUUUGGAGUUUUACUAAAAUAGGGCGAGAGCUGUGCGACUGGCCAGGAAAUGGAAUCAAAUAGUCUUCGCCGUGUGAUUUUAUUAUUGCUGAUAGGCUGGACUUUCUGUGCUGAAGAGACUGAGUUCUACUCCUCUACAGAUCACAUGAUGGAUCUGCUAGUCAUUGAGCGGAGUCUCAUCCAGAGCCUCCGAGAUUUCAUCACAGCACAGAAACAAUGCAUAGACCGAUUUAACAGUGUUGUUGAAGCCUGUGGAAAUGCCUCUGGAGACUUCCCAGAGGAUCUGGAAAAACACAUCAGCAACCCUUUCACUGCAUUCAAGCUGGUGCGAAGACUGAGGCUGGAGCGGAACAUCGUGGAACAAGUUACCAAGACAUGUUCUUCAUAUAUUGCAGAUUUCCUGGCUAAUGUAUCAUUGGUCUCCCAGCGGCUCCCCAGUGAGAAGGACAUGGAUGGGGUUGCACUGGGUCUUAUACGUCUACAGGACAUAUACAGACAACUGCAAAUCAUUACAGUGGAUGUGUCAGGACAGGUAAAUGUGACACCCUUGGAUCCAGAUGACUCCUUCCACGUUGCCAUGGUGGCCCUGCAGAACCACAAGUUCCAGUAUGCCCUGCUCUGGCUCCAGGAGACCUUCAGGCAGCUGGAGGAUGGCAUCCCAGCCCUGGUGACCAGGAGAGAGGUUCUGACCUACCUGGGUCCCCUAGCCUUUCAGAUGGGUAACCUGCCUUUAGCAUUGGAGCUAACGCAACAGUUGCAGGAACUGGACCCCAGUUGCACGCAGACCAAGGUGCACCUGGCCUACUACAGAACCCUGAGAGAGAGCAUCCGGUGUGGGAGCCAGACACAAACACCCCCAUGGCCCUUAGAUGCACCAGUGGACAUCUUAACACUAAUCAAACCAGCAAGCGAAACCUCACACGAAUCUCUUUGCAGAGGGGAGGGCGUCAAAAUGACCCCGAGGAGACAGAGGACAUUGCGGUGCAGGUACAGCACUGGUAGAGGCAACCCUCGACUCAUCUAUGCACCUAUAAAAGAGGAGCAGGAAUGGGACCAUCCACUAAUAAUACGCUAUCAUGACCUUGUAUCUGAAAGGGAGAUUGAGACCAUAAAACACCUAUCCCGAUCAAAGCUUGACAGAGCAAAGGUGUCAGACCAUGUGACAGGGGAAAGAUUUUCAGCUGAAACCCGUGUGGCUAAAAGUGCAUGGCUGGCUGACGAGGACAACCCUGUCAUCUCCCGUGUUACCCAGAGAAUGGCUGACCUGACUGGGCUGGACAUGGAGGCAGCAGAGAUGCUCCAGGUUGCAAAUUAUGGGAUUGGGGGCCAAUAUGAACCACACUUCGACAACAAGUUGACCAAUGACACAGACUACAUGACGAGGGGUGGCAGGAUCGCAACGAUCUUAAUCUAUAUGAGUGAUGUGGAAGUGGGUGGAUCGACUGUGUUCCCUGAUAUAGGUGCUGCUCUACGACCGUACAAGGGUUCAGCGGUGCUGUGGUACAACCUUUUGCAGAAUGGAGAGGAGGACGCGAGGACCUUACACGCUGCAUGUCCUGUAUUUGUGGGCAAUAAAUGGGUUGCCAAUAAAUGGGUGAGGGCCCACGGACAGGAGUUCAGGAGAAGAUGCUCUUUGUCCCAGAUGGACUGAGACUGGAGCCAGGAUGGAUUCUCCCCUCAGUUUACCUACACAUUGCUGCACAUUUCCCCAUUGUUACUCUCCUUGGCCUCAGCUGGCCACCUGGGGGAGGGACCCACUGAAUCACACGAAAGCACCUUACAAGUGUUUGUGCAGUGAAGCAGGACAAGAUGUCAACAAUACCAAUCUGACAUUUGAACUGUGUGGCAUUUUUUUUACAGUGAUUGUCGAAAAUGAUAUUGUUUGCGGGUAGUCCAUAGAGUAGUUUACGUGAUUGAUUAGAUCUGCAUGAUCAAUUUAAAAUACAUUGUAGAAGACAGAGUAAUAAAAUAUUUGGACCAAGAAUCACUGUUCCUCUAUACAUACUACAGAAUAUAUUUUGCUUGCUGUUUUGAUUUUAGCAUCCACUUAAUCUGCAGCACACACACACACACACACACACGAGAAAAUAGAAGAGGUAAAAACUAAUGUAGAGGAAUUGCUACUAUGCCUGUUUCUGCUCUCAUGCCUAAUGGAAUUUUUGGCAUGAAAAUGACAGCAAUGCUGUUAACAAGAGCCCUAACAGAUUUGGAACCAGGUUACAAAAAUACACAAUGUCCCAUUGAUGCAUUGCUGUGCAGGUAAAGGCUGCAUUCAGAGAUGCUAUACAUGACUCUGAGUCUGUCUUCUCCACAUCACUCCGUAUAGACAAACGUCAAACUAAAAUCCAACAAGGCAUGUGUAAAUGGGUGAAGAGGGUGGCUGUUUCUGGAUGGCGCCACUGCCGAUGUGAAGACUAAGCACAAACAAACAUUUUUUGCACGUGCUUUUGGCGCCGCCGACGCACCAGAUAUUUACAUCUUUCUCUGAGACUACACAGUAUAUUCUCGUCCUCCACUGUGAAGGAGAGACAAAGAACGUGUCUGGCCUGCACAGAGCCCUGACCUCAACCCCAUCGGAAUACCUUUAAGAUGAAUUGGAACGCCGACUGCGUGCCAGGCCCAAUCGGCAAAAUUCAGUGAUCGACCUCACUAAUGCUCUUGUGGCUGAAUGGAAGCAAGUCUCUGCAGCAAUGUUCCAACAUCUAGUGGAAAGCCUUCCCAGUAGAGUGGAGGCUGUUAUAGCAGCAAAGGGGGGGACAAACUCCAUAUUAAUAAUCAAUGAUUUUGGAAUGAGAUGUUUGACGAGCAAGUGUCCACAUACCUUUGGUCAUGUAGUUUAUAUCGAGACCAAUUCGACUACAGACAGUAGCCAAUAAGUAGCAAAAUAUAAUAUUAUUGAAAUAGGCCUAUAGCCUAAUGUAUUUCUACUACCGUUCAAGCGUUUGGGGUCACUUAGAAAUGUCCUUGUUUUUAAAAGAAAAGCACAUUGUUUUGUCCAUUAAAAUAACAGCUAAAAUAACAUCUCAUUGAUCUGAAAUACAGUGUAGACAUUGUUAAUGUUGUAAAUUACUAUUGUGGCUGGAAACGGAAGAUUUUUGAUGAAAUAUCUACAUAGCCGUUUUCAGCAACCAUCACUCCUGUGUUCCAAUGGCACGUUGUGUUAGCUAAUCCAAGUUUAUCCCGCACGUCACCAAGAACAAAACAUAUGGAAUGAAGAACACACCUGCCAGACAAGCAAAACCAGGUGAUUCAACACAUGUGCAAAUGGCACUGUUAGUUGUUUUUAUCACCAUCGUCCAAUUCAAAUUACGCCCAUGAAAUCAAAUGCAUUGCUCUGAUGCAACCCAAUGACCGACUUUGGACAAAUCAUCCAUUUUUACUGGUUUCCACCAGUUAACACAGCCACAAAGUCAACAUUUGCUAGUCUAUAUCGUAAAAAUUCAUGAAAACAUACAUUUGCUUUUUGGUCUUAAUUUAAGGUUAGGGUUAAACAUAAUGUGAGAUUAAUGUAUUAAGAUUAGGAUUAGGUUUAAAAUCAUAUUUUAAGAAGAGAAAUUGUAGAAAGACCGAUGUAUGGAUUUGUGGUUGUGGUAAAUAGUGACGACCAUGUUCACUCACGUUAUUGUAGCACAUGUAAGAGAAUCUCCACACGUCUCCAUGUCCGAUUAUAGCUCCGAUAACCUUUAAAAUGGUCACGUCCUGACCAGAUAAAGCUUUUAUUUUCUAUGGUAGAGUAGGUCAGGGUGUGACUGGGGGGUUGUUCUAGUUUAUAUUUUCUAUGUGGGUUCUAGGUUUAUUUUCUAUGUUGGUGAUUUGUAUGAUUCCCAAUUAGAGGCAGCUGGUUAUCGUUGUCUCUAAUUGGGUAUCAUACUUAAGUAGCAUUUUUUUCCACCUGUGGGUUAUGGGAUAUUGUUUAUGUUUAGUUGUCUGUUAGCACUGCAUUGUUAGGCAUGUUUAAUUUAUUCUUUAUUUGUUUUGUCUUUACUAAAGUUUCACUUCAUUCUUUAAUAAAUAUGUGGAACGCUA